CGGGGGCCACACACGCGUUGGUCCACGGCACGAACAAACACCAACAGUCGAUCGUGAUGUAAUGAUAACGAGCAGCACACAUGAAUGCAAUGGACAGACAUGCAGACUGACAGACAGCCAACCAGCACGGCGCAUACAUCCAGGCCAAUCAACACACACUAUCUCCAAACGCCUACUCACUGGGGGGCACCCUCAGAAAAUGAGAGGCUCCCCAGGCACGAACAUUCCAGCCCCAUCACCCCAAUGUCCUCUCUGAUACAGCCAGUGCCACCGGCCCUUCCUCCUGGGCCGCCGCAGACACCGAACGAGGCAGGCACACUGACAGCCGAGCCCGAAUCCAUUGCUCGACUGGGCCAGACCUUUAUCUGUCCCAUCCGUCCCUCUUGUUGAUGAGCUCGGCCAAGCGGCGAAUGAAGCGAUCGGCCUCCCUCCCGUAGACGCCGUCACACGUCACGAUGAAUGCCGUGAAGUCCAUGCGGUUGAGCCGACACACGUCAAGAUGGUGGUCCUUGUUCAGCUUCUUCCUCUCGCAGGUGAUCGCGCCGGUGGUUUUGCCCUGGUUGCAGCGAUCGACAGCUCGCGGCCGCCUGGCCAAAACCUCGACACGAACAGGUCCGUGCGGACGGAGGGGUUGUUGUGGACACCAUCAGGCUCGUCGAGUGCAGUAUGUGGGUCGGGCGGGUCGGGAUGGUCAGGUGGGUCGGGAAGGGGAGGGGGAUGAGGGUGGCUGGGACCGUCACAGGGAGUCACACCCAAAGGGGCGGCACGGGGGUCGCGAGCGGCGGCGGCGUGGGCGGUCUCCUUCCACACCGUGUGCUCGUACGCCACCUUGAGGCCCGCCAGCUGACACAGACCGCCAACCUCGUGCUUGAGCCGGUCGUCUUUGGCAUACACCAGCCCGCCCAGGGAGCAGCCAAGCGCGUGUUGGACGGUGAAGUCGGCACCGCUUCUCGCCCCCUUUGGGAGCUCGCCGUCGCACUUGUCUGGCACGUCCUGGUGGGGCAGGCCGUACCGGUGGCACAUGGCGUCACGGAGCUCGAGUGCGCUGAGGUCGGUGUCGUCCAGCUGGGACGGGCGGACGGUCAUGAACUGCCCCGUGUCGUUGCAGCGAGCACGCUCUGCAGCCCUGGCCUGGUUGGGAGGGAGGCGGCCGAUGAUGGCUGUCGAGUCGUGGGCGAAGGUCUCGUGCAUCUGGCUGCGAUGCGCUGCGGCGGAAAUGGGGGGCGGAGGUGGCGAUGGCGGUGCCCGCCCGGGGGGCCUUGCGCGUGAG